UUCAUCAUCCAUACUCUAAAGCCCCCAGCUCUCAGUUCUAUUAACCUUCAUCCCAUCCUCUUCUUCUAAAUUUGGUGAAGUUUUAGUGAAGGGAUGGAAAGCCAAAUUGCAAGGAGGAGGAUGCACCAAAUUGCGUGCCACCUCUUGCCUACUGAAGAACUCCCAGCCAAUCAUGUCUUUCCAAUGAACUGCAGUAGCUAUAUGAACUCUGUGAUCAGAAGACGCGAUAACCGGAUGUUUUUUGCACGUCAAGGUUCCAUUUCUCAAGCCCGCUUCAUGCAACAAGUUACAAUUCAAGAGUUUGAAGAUUUAGGUAAUGGCAACUUGUCGAGACAAGAUACACCUUCUGAAUGCAGUGUGAAUGUCCUUAAGGAUUCUCAUUCCACUGAUCCACCCAUGUUUGCAAGACCUACUCAAAAAGCAGCAGAGUCAUCAAAAGUUGGGGAUGAGCAAGACUGUAAACUGGCUGCAAAAGAGUGUCCUAUGUUUGCAAGGAUGGACAGUGGCAUGAACAAAAGUGGAGUUGCGAAUAAAGAAAAGCAGCUUCCCGAUAGUCAAUCACGCAAAAUAAGUGUUGCAGAAUGGUCUCCGCGGAUGGACAUAGUGGAAUCUGGAUCUAAAUAUAUCAUUACAGUUGAGUUGCCUGGUGUUGGCAGUCGUGGGAUACGAGUAGAGAUGGAUGACAAAAAUCUAGUUUUGUCGGGCACACGUUUAACUCAGGAGUGGAGAGAUGCUAGUGAUCCAGUAUACUCUGCUCCAGUAUAUCACAUGAGGGAGAUAACACAGGGGCCAUACAGGGCUGUUUGGAAACUUCCAGGGGAUGUGAAUAAGGAUGGCGUCUCUGCAGAGUUUGUGGAUGGUUUUCUCCAAAUCAUUCUACUGAAAAUUUGAAGUUGCGGUCACCACUUGGUAUCUUAAAUGGUUGUAACCAGAAUAUAGGAAAGAGAGGAAGGGGGGGGGGGGACACUGCCGUUAGAUCAAUUAGCAUAGGAAUGGGUCCAGAGUAUAAAUGUAUUUGCUUAUGUGAAACUUGUUUUUCUAAGCUGGUCGUACUUUAAGAGCCUUUUGGCGUACUUUACUUGUGUACAUGUUAUGUUAUGGGAAGCUCUCAAAGCUUUCAGUGGUUGUUUGAACGGCAUCGGACUGUCGACAUGGAAACUUGCAUAUUGUAAUUGAUUUUGCUUUUUAACCUUAAUAUCUCCAGCA